AUGAAAAGUAACAAUGUGAUGAAAACCAAAACAUUAAGUUUAAUGAGAAAAUACAUAGAAACAAAUAAAAAUUUUUACAGAAAAGUUAUUAUAAAUCCAAUUCUAGAAGAUGAUUUGCAAAAAUUUUGUAAAAAUUAUUUUAGAAUAUAUACCUUCUCUUUAUAUAACUUCAUUAGGAGAUUAAUUUCUUUUGAUGCUAUAGUUGUGUAUUCGUUAUUUUUAAUUGUCUAUAUAAUUUCAGAAAUUAGUCAAGGAAUAACCAAAAGAUAUAUAUUUAUAGAUACAGCAAUUUCUCUUAGUUUAAAUUUUAUUAUUUUAGUUAUUAUAGAAUCUUUAUUUGAAUUAAAACAAUUCAAAGACAUCAAAAAUGCAAAUUCACAAUCCUAUCUUAGAAUAGUACCCAAAAUGUCUUAUUUUGAAAAAGUUAUGACUAAAGAUAUAAAAGUAGGAAAUAUAAUUAGGGUUUUUGAAGGUGAUGAAUUUCCAGCUGAUGUUGUUAUACUUUAUGUAAAAAAUAAUUUAAAUGCAGUUGUGGAUGCAUUUAAAAUAGAUGGACUAUUUAGAAAAAGCAUUAAGUAUCCAGUAGAUAAAUAUAAAAUUGAUAGGGAUUACUUAAAAAUGCUAUCAGAAAUAAAUGGUGUUAUUAGGUGUGAAUUACCUAACAAAAAUAUUUUCUGCUUUCAAGGAAGUUUUAAACUUGAUAAACAUCCAAGAUCCUUAUUUUUAAGUUAUGAAAAUUUUGCUCUACAAUCUUCUAUUUUAAAAGGAGCAGAAUAUAUAGAUGCAGUAGUUGUAUACACAGGGGCUGAUACAAAAAAAAAUUUGAACAUACCUCAUAAAGUGGAAGAGAAUCGAACAUUCUGCAUAAAAAUGAACAAUGUUGUUUAUUAUUUGAUUUUUAUGUAUUUUUUUUUUGUUCUAUUAAGUCUUAUAAUAAAAAUUGCAUUUUUUGAAAGAACAUUUUCAUAUCAAAAUAAAAAAGAAGGUUUUUUCACUAUUCUAGAAGAUUUUAUUGGACUAUAUAUAUUAGUCUUACCUAUUAUGAUGUACUCAGAGAAAAGUUUAAUAUACAUUAUUCAAAGUUUAAGAAUAGAAAAUGAUAUAAGAAUGAGAGGAGAUAUAAAAAAUGAAAAACCUAAAGUUUUUAAUAAAAAUAAAAAUGAUGCAUUGGGUACUGUAGAUAUAUUAGCAACAGCAAGAAAUGGAAUUCUUGUAAAUAAAAAAGAAUCAUUUGUAUCAUGUAUAAUUAAUAAUGUUAUAUAUUCAAAAAAUGAUUUUGUUUAUUCUCGUAAAAAUUUUAAACUACCCACUCUUAAUAUAUUGGAUGCAGAAAGAAAAGAUGUUAGAGAACUUUUAAACUUAGAUGAGAGAAUUUUCAAAGAUCCUGAAAAUUUAUUUUUCCCUUCAAGGAAUUUUACUUUAUUUUUAAAAUUAUUUGAAAAAAAAGUAAAUUCAAUAUAUGAUCCUGUUGUUGACAAUUUAUCUAUAAUACUUAAAGAAAAAUAUAAAAAUUAUUUUAAUGAAGAAAUUCUCAAUAAAAAUGUUAGAAUUACAAAUUUCCUAAAAUCCAAAUUAAACGUUGGAUAUAAUCAAUUUUAUGAGGAUAAUGAAAAUAGUUAUAAUUGUAAAGAAGUUAUUGAUGAUAUACAAGAUAACAGCGAUCAAUCAAAAAAAAUAGAAGAGUUUAUAUUAGGAAUGUGUGCUUGUAAUAGGAUAGUAAUUCACAAUGAGAAAUGUUUAGAUAUGAUACUAAAAGAAUAUAAAAGUGAAAGUCUUAGCGAUCAUUAUAAUAAAUAUGAGAACGAGAAUGAUAAUGAUGGAUAUAAUUAUGUAGAUGAAUCAGAUGAAGAAAAUUUUAAUUGUAUUGAGCAUGAAGAUAUAUGUCUAUAUAAUAUUGUAAAAAAUAUAGGAUUUAGCAUAUAUUGCUAUAAGAAUAAUUUGUCUUUUUAUAAUUUAAGAAAUGAAUGCAAAGAAUAUUUUUUAAUUUGUUUUCAUGAUUUUUUAAGAAUCAAUGAUUUUUCAAUGUGUAUCUUAAAGAAUAUAAAUGAAUUAGAUAAAGGUACAUUAUAUGUUAGAGGUUAUGAUUAUAACAUUAUUCCUUGUUUAUCAAAGAAAAAAAACAAUUUAAAAAAAAUAAAAAAACUUAUUAAACUGUAUACAUUGAAUUAUUUAAAAGUUAUAAUAAUUUGUAAAAAAGAAAUUAAUAAUGAAGAAAUAGCAAAGUAUAUUUUUCUAAAAAGUGUUAGAAAGAAAAUGUCUUUUAAAUUACACGAUUUAAUUAAAUUAUUUUUUUUAUUCGAUCUAGAAGUAAUAGGAAUAAUUGGUUUAAAAAGUUCUUUAAAAGAAGGAGUUAAAGAAACAUUUAGUGAUAUAAUAAAUUUUGAUAUUAGAUCAUGGAUUUUUACGAAUGAAUGUGCAAAAGAUACUUAUUUAACAGCUCUGGAAUGUAAUUUAAUUACUUCUAAAUCAAACUUAUUUUUAAUUAAUUUUUAUAAUAUGCAAAAUCCAGAAUAUAUGGCAAAUGUUUUAUUUAAUAAUUUUAUUGAAUCUUUAGAUAAAUUAAAAUCUAAUUCUUAUGCUAUUGCAAUAAAUGAUUUAAGUAUAAAAAAUAUUAUGAGUAAUGCUGAAACAAUGAAAAUUUUCUUAUAUAUAGCCAUGAGAGCUACAGUUGUUUUAUUUUGUAAGUUAAAAAAUGAAACAAAAGGAAAAAUAAUAAAAAAAUUACUUUCCUUAACAAGUCCCAGAUUAACAAUAUUAGGUGUUGGCUCCACUUUAAAUGAUGCCUAUUUAUUAAAAAACACAACUAUAAGUGUAUGUUUGAGUUUAAAUGAACAAGUUAAUGUUCUUUAUAAUAUUUCUGAUUAUGUUUUGCAUGAAUUUAAAUUUAUUAGUGAUUUACUAAUAUUAGGUCGAUCGAAUAGAUUUUCAUUAUGUAAAACAUUUUUAUGGAUAAUAUAUUUUAAAGUCAUGAUGGCUUCUUUCUAUUUUUUUCAUAAUUUUGAUAAUUCUUUUUCAGGGUCUUCUAUUUCAUCUAUAUUAUAUUCACAAACAACUUUUGCUAUUUUUCACUAUUUUUUAAUUAUAGCAUUUUCAGCUUAUGAAAUUGAUUUACCUUAUAAAUUUAUUAGGCAUGUUCCUUAUAUUUACCAAUUGUCUAGAAGAAAAUAUUUUCUAAAUAAUACAAUUAUAUUUUUGACUAUAUUAGAAGCUUUUGUUGUCUCUUUCAUUUCUUAUUAUAUUUUAAGAAAUAACGUUUUUCAUUUAAUUUCUCAUAGAGCUUUUACAUUUCAUAUAUUUAUCCUUAUUUUUUUUAUAACUUCCGAAAAAAUUGUUUUACUUUCAAAAACAUGGCAUUUAUAUUUUUUUAUUAUGACAGUUUUAAUUAUUUGCUUUUUAUUUAUAUAUAUAAAUGUAUAUACUUUAAUUGAUUGUCUAAAAAUAGGAAAGUGUGAAUUUGGCCUUUUUCAUACUGAAGAUUUAUAUUUUUGGUUGUCUUUAUUACCAAUUUUAUAUGUCAACUUUCUUAUUGAUAAAUUUAUGAAAUUUAUAAAUAAUAAAAUUUAUCCUGAUAUAUCGGAUUAUUUACGGAAGGGUUUAAUAAAUGGAAAUAUUAAAAAAAAAACAAAAGAUUCAGAAAACGAAAGUAAAAAUACAAAAGAAUUCUUAGAUUUUAAUAAAAAUAAAAAAUUACAAAAAUUAAUUCCUUCACCAAAUAUAUAUCACAUAAAAGAUGACAAUACAUAUUAUAAUAAAUCAAAAAAAACCAGAUUCAUUUAUAAUGCCUUCAGAAAAAUUAUAGAUAUAAAUGUGAAAUACAGGAAUCAACAAUUAAAUUUAGAAUAUAAAACAUAUGAAAAAAGAAAUAAAUUAAAAUUAAGAAUCAUUGUAAUUAUAUUGUUUUUUAUUUAUUUUAUAAUUUUUUUUUCUCAAAUAAUAACAUCUAAAAUUAUAAAAUAUCCAAUUAAAUGUUCUUCGAUACUUACUAUGGUGAAUUAUAUAUUAGCAACAAUAAUUUUAAUUUAUGUAAGAAGGAGAAAUAAAUCUAAUUCGACUUUUUUUUUCUUCUUGGCAAAAAUAUUAUUAAUAGUUGGCUCCUUUCUAGAAUUAUAUGAUAAUAUUAAUAAUAAUAUAAUAAAUUUGCUAGUUGCCUAUUCUUUCACAGUUACUUAUAUUUUUUUUUUUUCUUUUAAAAUUUUGGAAGGAUUAAUUAUUUGUGUAGUAAUGUUAUUUAUAGAUAUAUGGGUAUAUUAUAAUAAAAAUAUGCAUAUUAGUUUAGGAUGUUUAAAAUUUUGUGAUAACCCGUAUUUAACUAGAAAAAACUUAGAAGAAGUUAAUGUAUCUUGCUUAUGUAAGCAACAAAUAAUUACCUUUUUAAUAUGUAUGUUAAGUUUUACCUUAAUUUGUUUAUCCAUGAAAUAUUAUGAAAUUUAUUAUUUAAAGAAAAAGUUUUUAUUUAGAUACAAACAGAAAGUAAACUUAGCUAAACAAAUAGAAAUUUUACACACAAUGUUACCCAGUUUUUUAGUUGAAUAUUUGUUAAUAAGUGAUCCAAAAGCAGAUGGAAUAAUGGUAGGAAAAAAUAUAUCAGGUGAAGAUAGAGGUAUCAUAUCAGUAAUUUUUUGUGAUAUAGAUGACUUUCAAAAUAUGGUUACAACAUUACAACCACAAGCUCUAGUGGAAACAUUAGAUAACUUGUAUUUGUAUUUUGAUAAAUGUAUAAAAUACUUUAAUUGUAUAAAAAUAGAAACUGUAUUUGAAUCAUAUUUAGCUGCUUCAGGAUUAAAUGAAAAGCAAAAUGAUUGUAUAUAUAAAAUAAAAUAUGAUACAAAAUGUGCUAUCAAAUUAGCUAUAGCACAAUUAAGUGCUAAGUAUUAUAUAUCUUAUAAAGUUUUAGAUAUUCAAUCAAAUUCAUUAGAUAAUAACUUUCCAGUUGAUAAAUAUGUACAUAAAAGUAUUAGUUUAAGAAUAGGUAUACAUACUGGAAAGGCAAUCAGUGGUGUUAUUGGAUCAGUUAAACCACAAUAUUCACUUUUUGGUGAUACUGUUAAUACUGCAUCAAGGAUGAAGUCUACUUCGUUACCUGACCAUAUUCAGGUUUCUCACGAUACUUACAAAUAUUUAGAAGAAGAUAAAACAUUAUUAUGGAAAGAAAGAAAAAUUUUCAUUAAAGGAAAAGGAGAAAUGAAAACAUAUUUACUCGUAGAUAUAUUAGGUGACUCUAAAAACAAAAGAGAAAAUUCAGAAUUAGAACCUUCCAGCUCCGUUUUAUUAGAAAGUAGUAAUAAGAUAGAAAGAAAAAAAUAUGAGGAGAAAGAAGAGAUAAAAAAGGAAGAAGAGAGUGAAGAAAGGGAUAAAAAGACAGAAAAGAAAAAAAAAAAAAAAAAAAAAAACAAAAAGAUAGAAAAUAAAAAAGAAAAAGAAAAAAUAAAAACAGAUAAUAAAUUAAUUGAUGAUUUAUAUACAUGUGAUAAAGAAAAAAUCUACCAUAUAAAUGCUGACGAUGAUAAUAGUAUAGAAAGAGAAAGUUUCUUUACAUAUUCAAAACUGGAUGAUGAAAAGGCAAAUUAUUUAAGUUCUGACAAUUUGGAAGAAAUUAAAAGAUUAAAAAAAAAAUCACCACAUAAAUUUGAAUCUAGAGUUAUUUUAAAUAAUGAAACACUUAAAGGAAAAAAUGAAGAAUAUGAUUUUUUUACUUCCCCAUAUAGAGAUGAUACAGAUUUAGAUGAUAAGAAAAGUAAAAAAGUAAAAAAGAAAAAGAUGAAAGAAAAAACAAAAAAAAAAUUACGAUACUUAAAAGAAUAUUCUUCUAGCUUUAAUGGGGAAAUUAAAAUGCAAGAUGCUAUAAAAAAAUAUAUAAAAGAAAGAAAAGAUUAUGAAAAAAAAUUUUACCCACCUAAUUUUAAUUUUAAUAGAUUUCUGAUAAGUUCUAAUAAAUUCAAAAAAAGAAAAAGGAAAAAUCAAGAGUAUACUUCUAGUUAUGAAGAAGGUUUCUGUAAUUUUCUAAAUGAUAGUUUUACAUCCAAUUAUGAAUUUUCUACUGAGUCUGAGAAUUAUGGAGAACAUCUAAUCCAAAAUAAAAAAUUUAUUAAUUUUGAUGAUUUAUUCACAAAAAUACAUAAAAAAAAAAGAAACUUACUAAAAACAGAAAUUAGUAUAGGAAUGGAAAAAAGAAAAAAUUUUUUCAGUAAAGGAAAAAAUUAUAAUGAACAGAAUGAAAAUUCAAAAACAAAGAAUAAAAAUUUUUUUCAUUUUGUUAAUCAUCAAACACCAAAAGUAAUAGAUGAUGAAUCUAUUGAAUAUUAUAAUAAUAUGUUUAAUAAAAAUACUAGAAAUAAAACUAAACAUUAUAUUACUAUGGAUAAAAUAUAUAAUAUAAAUGAAAAUAUAAAACAUUCAUGUAAUUCUUUUGUUCGAAAUGAGACAUGUUCACAACAUAAAAGUGAUAUUAUGAGAGGAGAAAAUAAAAGAAAAGAAAAAAAAAUAAGUAAAAAUAUAAAAAAAAAAAAAUGUUCGUAUGUUUUAAAAAAUAAUCAUCAUACAUAUUUCACUGGUUAUAAUUAUGACACAGAUAUAUUAAUUGAUAAUAAUAAUAAUAAAAACCAAAAUUACAAAAAAAAGAAUUUUACUAAAAAUAGUUUUAGAAAGAAAGCAAUUAAUAAAAUUAUUAAUGAAUCUAAAAGGGAUACUUUGCAACAUAAUUUCUCAAGUAACAACUUAAAGAAUAUUCAAAAUAAACUUUCAAAUAAUAGUUUUAAUGUAAAAUAUAAAUUGAAAAACUCUAAUAUGAAUAGCAAUCAUAUAGAGAAUGAAGACAUAAUAAUUUAUACAAGGUUUAGUAAUGCAUUAGAUAACAAACUAAAAAAAAAAAAUUUUCUAAAUUAUAAAAAAGUUUUUAAAUAUUGGUAUAUAAAGAAUAUAACUAUUAGGAAUUAUAUAAGUCAUAAAUUAAUAAAUAAAAAAAAAAAAAAAUUAAAAAGAAAUAAUAUGGAAUAUAAAAAAAUUUCAAAAAAUAAUACCAUGAAAAAUAAAAUAUUAAGCGAUACUUAUAUAAUAACAAAAAAUAAUAUAGAUAACAAUAAUAAUAUAGAGGAAAUUAAAAAAAGUAAUAAAAAAUUUAUUAAUGAAAAUAAUGCAAUAUUUGGUUCUAUUAUGAGUGGCACGUCUGAGGGUAAAGAAGAAAAAGAAAAUAAUAAUUCUAAUAAGAUUAAUAAAAAAAUUUCUAAAAAUAAAGAUAAGGAUAAAUUUAAAUUAAAUGUAGAAAAUUUUUUUAAAAAAAAAGAAGUUAAUUUUAAUAAUGAAAAUUUUACAAAUAUUAAAGGUGAUAAUAACUUAUAUAACAAUAAUAAUAAUAAAAUUAACGUAAAAAAUUAUAUUAAAGAAGAUCAAAAUGAGGUUGAAAAUAAAGAAGAGAAAAAUAUGAAUAAUUCAGAUGAAGAUGAUGAUGAAAAUGAAAAGGACAUAAGUAAAGCAAAUGAAGAAUACAAAAAGUUUAAAAAAAAAGUAUCAAAAAAAUUAAGUUUUUAUAGUUUGAAAGAAAAAAGUUAUGUAACUGAUACUUUUGGUGAUAGCUCUUUUGCAAUUAAAUCUAAUGAAACAAAUAGAGGAAUAAAAGAAAAUGUAAAAAAAGAAUAUUUUACAGCUAGUCCAUCACUUAAAAAAAAAAAAAAUUUUUUUACUAAGAUUAAUCAUAUGUUUGCAAACUAUUUUAAAAGUAUGGAAGUAACUGAAAAGUCAAGUUCUAUUAGGAAUACACUUAAAAAUAAUACAGGAUUACGUAGUAAAUCUAAAAAUAGUGAAAAAAUUGUAAGUUCAUAUACGACUGUUAAUAAUAAAAACAUAGAUUUUGCAAAUAAAUUUGAUAACUAUAAUAAAAAAUUAUUAAAAAAAUUAACAUCAACAUUACAAUUAAAUAAAAAGAAAGUAAAAAAUUUCAGUACUUUUUAUUAUAAAUUUAAUGAUGAAGAAUUAGAAGAAGAAUAUACAAAAGAUUAUUAUAGAGAAAGAAUAAAUAUUGAUUUAACUAAAAAAUUAAUUAUUAUAUUUGUUAUAUCAGAAAUAAUUUUAGGCUUAAGUAAUGUAAUUGAGUUAUCUUAUUAUAACAAAAAUUCUAAAAAAAAUGACUUUAUAGUUAUUAUUUGGUUAAUUCGAUCUAUAUAUUUAUUCAUAAUAACAUAUAUAUGGCUGUUAUUAAAAGUAAAAUUAAAAGAAUAUAAAAAUAAUCCUAGUAAAAUGAUGUGGACUACAUUCAUUUUAAAUAUAUUUUUAUCUUCUUGGUGUAUUAUGAUAAUAGAUUUGUCAUGUAUACAUUUUAGUAAUUUAGUUAGUAAUUCAAAUGAAAGGUCAUUAUUCCUUAUGAAGGAUGCAACUGAAUUAGUCAUUUGUAUACAAUUAAUAUUUAUUAAAAAUAUGUUAUUUAAACAUAAAUUUUUUUUUUUAGUAUUUUUUUUUAUUUUCCUUAUUUAUUCAUUUUCUAAAUUAUUUAGUGUAACAUUGCAUGAAAUACAAGUUUGUUUUAGUCUUAUUUUAAUUCUUUUUAUAAAUAUACUUUAUUUUUGGUAUUCCGAAUAUUUAGAUAGAAUACAAUUUUUAGUAAAAAGAAAAAGAAAUAGAAUGGAAAAGACAUCUCAAGACUUUCUAACAAGAAUAUUACCAAGACAAGUUUUAGAAGAAUAUCAAAAUGAUAAUUUGCAAUUAACUUACAAGCAUGAGAAAAUUGCUUUUUUAUUUGCUGAUAUUGUUGGUUUCACAAAAUGGAGUAAAACUGUUGGUCCUAAAGACGUUUUAAAAUUAUUACAAAAACUAAUUUCUAAAAUUGACAAAGAUACAAUUAAACUAGGUUUAUACAAACUUUUUACUAUUGGAGAUGCUUAUGUUGCUACAAGUCAGCCUAAUUCAUCUAUAACUGAUGAAAGUGAAGCUGUUGAAGGAAUAUUAAAUAUUUUUAAAUUGGCUAAACUUAUUUUACAUAAUAUUAAUACUAUUAAAAUACAAUUCAAUAAGCAUGAUUUUAAUAUGAGAAUAGGAUUACAUUAUGGUUCAUGUGUUGGUGGUAUAAUAGGAUCUGUUCGAUUAAGAUAUGAUAUGUGGGGAUUAGAUGUAUUAAUAGCUAAUAAAAUUGAAUCUAAUGGAAUACCAGGAGAAAUUAUUUGUUCUGAACAAUUCAAGUCAUUUUUCUUAGAAAAUGAACCACAAGCGAAAUUAAAUUUUUGGUAUUAUAAAACAAUAUAUAUAAAUGAUAAAGAUAUAAAGUUAUAUGUUAUUGAAGACAAAAAUUAUGAAGAAGAUUAUGAUCAAAAAAUAUUAGAUUAUGAAACAUUAUUACAAUUGCGCAAAGAAAAAGAGAGACGUGAUUUAAUAUCUUUUGGUAAAUAA